GCUUGCACUUGCCAACCAUCAAGUGCUGCCUCCAUUCGUAUACUAUUAAAAUACAUCAAAAGACAACAAAAAUCAAAAAAUGACAAUCAAAAGACAUAAAAUCAACAAAAAAGCAAAAACCAUGAAUAUAAAUAAAUCAUAUAAGAGAAGUGAAUGAACAAAAUAUUAAAAUAUUGUGUGAAAAAAUGCAAAUAUUUUUCAUGCAAAAGAAAAACAAUUAUAAAAUUUAAUAAAAAAUACAACGACAAAUAAUAAUAAAUAUCUUUUCGAAUUAUGACAAGCAAUGCCAUAUACACAAUAUUAGUAUUAGAACAGAAAAUUAAAUCAAAACAAAAAGAAAUACUAAUAAUAUUUAAACAAUAAAACAGAAAAACAAAAACUAUCUUUAGUAGUGAUAUAAUCCGUAAUCGUAUCGUUAACAUUGAUGUGAAUAUUAAACUACACUACCUGUGGACAAUCGCCUUCUAUACAUAUUUUACAUACAUUUUUUAGUACUAUCUACCUUCGAAUUGUAGUCAAUUUAUAUACAUUUAUAUACAUUAUGUGCGAUAUAAGGCAUCAACCGCCGUAUGCUGCUGCACCGUCUACGCCUACGCCUCUACCUCCAUCACUCCGUUCAACACAGGAGCUUCAAAAACAAAACAAAAAACACAACCAGUGCCAUCUACUCUGCCUACAAUCUACCUUCAUCCUCAAAGAAAAGAGAGACGAGUCCUUUUAACGUUCGCCAAGGCCCCCAAAAUGCUGCUGUCUCAGUCGCUAAUGCGCAACUAGCCCAAACACCACUGUCAACAUCGUCAUCGUCGACAAAUUCUACCUCAUCCCCUUCGCCGAUCUCACUGACAUCACCGAACUCUUCGCUGGCGUCUGGCGGUCUCCUCGGCGCCAUGCACCAUCACCAUCAUCACCACUCAUCGCCGCCGCCAUCAACGCAAUCGCCACACCACGGAAUGGGUGGUGUUGAUCAAAAGCCCCAACUGCCACUGCGCAUGCCUCCACCCACUAGUGGUGGCAUAAACGAGCCCCAGGAAUGUCCAUACUGCCGACGCACCUUUUCCUGCUAUUACUCGCUAAAACGUCACUUCCAGGACAAGCACGAGCAAUCGGACACCCUCUAUGUUUGUGAGUUCUGCCAUCGGCGCUAUCGCACAAAAAAUUCCCUCACAACGCACAAGAGUCUACAGCAUCGCGGAUCCAGCGGCAUGCUAAAGCGCCUCCUCAAGACAUCGGCGAUCAAAAAUGUCCUUGUGCCACACCAUCAUCAUCAUCAUCACUCGAUGACAGGACAUCCCAGGGCAACAAGCUUGUUUGACUUCACCAGCGAGUUGGGACAGCCGCCGCCAGGCAUCCAAUAGGACUUAAGAUGGAAUGCGAUUUUUUAGAGAAAUACAAUUUGAGAAAAAAAAAACUUUUAUUUCCCUUAAAUCCUUAAUUUCUUUUGUUUGUUUAUGCAAAAAAAAAACACUAAAUAAAUUUGUUUAAGUUUAUAUUUUUUGUUUAUAAAAUUUGGCGAACGUGCAAUAUUUCAU